AAAAUUCAGCUCAACUGGGUACCGAGUGAGUACGGCACUGAACCCAGGAGAGGGCAAUGCACUCUCUCUUUCUCUCCACGAGGUCACAGUAGUUAUCAGUCACACUCUACAGCACACAGUACGAUGAAUAUUCUUACGUGAUUAAAGCAAAUACUGUUCAACCAAAGACACGGUAUAUGGAAGAGAUAAACGUGAGUUCCUGUGGAUAUUUUUGUUUCACACACGUUAACAACCAAUAACAAUAAUGAAGUGGAGAAAUUUUUUACCUAGCCGGCCGGUGAAGUGUGGAGAGUAGAUUGUGGAAUGUGAAUUCCCAGUAAAGACUGCGCAUGCGCUAUGACCGAAAUAGUCUCCUAUGGGUGGGGAUUUCUCAGAAAUCAUCACUCUCCUCGUGUUCCCAUCUCUGUUGCUCUUAUGAUGAUACAAUGCAAUUGACGAACAUUUUGAAGAAAGCAAUAGCGAGCAGCUUUACAACUCCUGCGCUGGUGAAGCAAAUCAAAGAAUGUACUGAAGUGUCGAGAAAUCACAUGACACCUGAAAUAGCUCUGCACUUGAUCACACCAAAUUGCUCUCUUUGGUCUGCUAAGCAGGAAGAGUCUCCUUUCCAUGACCCAUUCUGGGCUUUUCACUGGCCUGGUGGUCAGGCCUUGUCAAGGUAUAUCCUUGAUAACAAAGAGUUGAUCUGUGGCCGACGAAUCCUGGAUGUGGGCAGUGGUUGUGGUGCUUGCUCCAUUGCGGCGGCAUUACAUAAUUCUGCUGAAAUAAUUAUUGCUAAUGACAUCGAUGAAGUGGCUUGCACCGCAAUCGGAAUGAAUUGCUCAGUAAACAACGUUUCUAUGGAAAUCUCCUGUGAAAAUUUGAUUGGUACCCCAUGUGAAAAUAUCGACUUGAUAAUCGUUGGAGACAUGUUCUAUGAUAGUGAUUUUGGUGAAAUAAUGUUUUCUUGGUUGAAAGAAUUAGCUUCCAAUGGAAAAUACAUUCUGGUGGGUGAUCCUGGAAGACAUGCUUUCAAAGAUACUGUGCUCACUGAACAAGUUCAAUGUGUGAUUGAAUAUACUCUAAACGAACAAUCUUGCAUGGAAAACAGUGGUUUUUCAUCUACGUCAGUUUGGAAAUUCAUGUAAUCGAGGGACUUUCUCAUUCAUAACAAAUAAUUAUCAUGAAGUAUUCCAUUGUUCUUGCUCAAUUAGUUUUUCAUCUGAGGCAAAAUUAAUAUUGACGAUUGAAUUUUAAAAUUACUAGAAUUCAAUUACGUUAUUUUUAUAAUAUACUAUUCCAAUAAAUGCGCUAUUCUUAGAGUC